AUGUCGCUCUCUUCCAAGGCUACCUCGUCGCUCGUGCGGUCUGCCACCCGUUCGCAGGUCCCAGCACUCCGCUCCUCCACCUCGAUUGUCCAGCAGAAGCGCGCCGCCACCGAUGCCUCGACCUCACACGCAGAAUACAAGUCGCCUUUCAGCCGAGGAUCUUCGGGCAAGCAGGACACCACCGCUGUUCCCAGCUUCGCCAAGUACCGUGGCGGCAAUGAGACUACCAACAAGAUGUUCCAGUACUUCAUGGUCGGCGCAUUUGGUGGUCUCUCGGCAUUGGGCGCGAAGAACACAGUACAAGACUUCCUGGUAAACAUGUCCGCCUCCGCCGAUGUCCUGGCUCAAGCCAAGGUCGAGGUCGACCUCGCCUCCAUCCCCGAAGGCAAGAACGUUAUCAUCAAGUGGCGAGGCAAGCCCGUCUUCAUCCGCCACCGCACCAGCGACGAGAUCAAGGAAGCCGAGGACUUCGACUGGAAGCAGCUCCGCGACCCACAACCCGACAGUGACCGAGUCAAGAAGCCUGAAUGGCUCAUUAUGUUGGGUGUAUGCACCCACUUGGGUUGUGUGCCUAUCGGCGAGGCUGGUGAUUAUGGAGGUUGGUUCUGCCCAUGCCACGGAAGCCAUUAUGAUAUCUCUGGACGUGUGAGGAGGGGCCCUGCGCCUCUGAAUUUGGAGGUGCCGGAGUAUGAUUUCCCUGAGGAUGGUGCGCUGGUCAUUGGUUAA